GCAGGAUCCUCACUUCUACCUCUUCCCACACCCAGUGCCUUUGGCGCACUGAGGUGCACAGGGUCCCUUAGACCGGCGCAGGGCGCGCAGCCCAGGCUGAGAUCCGCGGCUUCCGUAGAAGUGAGCAUGGCUGGGCAGCGGUUGCUGCUUCUAGUGGGCUUCCUUCUCCCUGGGGUCCUGCUCUCAGAGGCUGCCAAAAUCCUGACAGUAUCUACAGUAGGUGGAAGCCAUUAUCUACUGAUGGACCGGGUUUCUCAGAUUCUUCAAGAUCACGGCCAUAAUAUCACCAUGCUUAACCACAAAAGAGGUCCUUUUAUGCCAGAUUUUAAAAAGGAGGAAAAAUCGUAUCAAGUUAUCAGUUGGCUUGCACCUGAAGAUCAUCAAAGAGAAUUUAAGAAGAGUUUUGAUUUCUUUCUGGAAGAAACUUUAGGUGGCAGAGGAAAUUUUGAAAACUUAUUAAAAGUUCUAGAAUACUUGGCGUUGCAGUGCAGUCAUUUUUUAAGGAGAAAGGAUAUCAUGGAUUCCUUAAAGAAUGAGAACUUCGACAUGGUGAUAGUUGAAACUUUUGACUACUGUCCUUUCUUGAUUGCUGAGAAGCUCAGUAAGCCAUUUGUGGCCAUUCUUUCCACCUCAUUUGGCUCUUUGGAAUUUGGGCUACCAAUCCCCUUGUCUUAUGUUCCAGUAUUCCGUUCCUUGCUGACCGAUCACAUGGACUUCUGGGGCCGAGUGAAGAAUUUCCUGAUGUUCUUUAGUUUCUGCAGGAGGCAAUGGCACAUGCAGUCUACAUUUGACAACGCCAUCAAGGAGCAUUUCCCAGAAGGCUCUAGGCCAGUUUUGUCUCAUCUUCUACUGAAAGCAGAGUUGUGGUUCAUUAACUCUGACUUUGCCUUUGAUUUUGCUCGACCUCUGCUUCCCAACACUGUUUAUGUUGGAGGCUUGAUGGAAAAACCUAUUAAACCAGUACCACAAGACUUGGAGAACUUCAUUGCCAAGUUUGGGAACUCUGGUUUUGUCCUCGUGACCUUGGGCUCCAUGGUGAACACCUGUCAGAAUCCGGAAAUCUUCAAGGAGAUGAACAAUGCCUUUGCCUACCUACCCCAAGGGGUGAUAUGGAAGUGCCAGUGUUCUCAUUGGCCCAAAGAAGUCCAGCUGGCUGCAAAUGUGAAAAUUGUGGACUGGCUUCCUCAGAGUGACCUCCUGGCUCACCCCAGCAUCCGUCUGUUUGUCACCCAUGGCGGACAGAAUAGCAUAAUGGAGGCCAUUCAGCAUGGUGUGCCCAUGGUGGGGAUCCCUCUCUUUGGAGACCAGCCUGAAAACAUGGUCCGAGUAGAAGCCAAAAACUUUGGUGUCUCUAUUCAGUUAAAGAAGCUCAAGGCAGAGACAUUGGCUCUUAAGAUGAAACAAAUCAUGGAAGACAAGAGGUACAAGUCUGCAGCAGUGGCUGCCAGCAUCAUCCUGCGCUCCCACCCGCUCAGCCCCACACAGCGGCUGGUGGGCUGGAUUGACCACAUCCUCCAGACAGGGGGGGCGACUCACCUCAAGCCCUAUGUCUUCCAGCAGCCCUGGCAUGAGCAGUACCUGCUUGAUGUUUUUGUGUUUCUGCUGGGGCUCACUCUGGGCACUCUAUGGCUUUGUGGGAAGCUGCUGGGUAUAGCUGUCUGGUGGCUGUGUGGGGCUAGAAAGGUGAAGGAGACAUAAGGCCAGAUGUGGCCUUGGCGGAGUCUGUUUGGUGGGUGAUGUCACCAUUUCUCGGGGGCUUCCCACUAGUUCUGGCAACCCUGUUCUCCAGUCCUUCUAGUUAUCUCCUGUUUUCUUGAAGAACAGGAAAAAUCGCCAAAAAUCAUCCUCUCCACUUGCUAAUUUUGCUACAAACUCAUCCUUACUAGCUCCUGCCUGUUAGCAGAAUUCUUUUCAGUCCUCUUGUCCUCCUUUGUUUGCCAUCAGCAAGGGCUGUGCUGUGAUUCUGUCUCUAAGUGACUUGGACCACUGACCCUCAGAUUUCCAGCCUUAAAAUCCACCUUCCUUCUCAUGCGCCUCUCUGAAUCAUAGCCUGACCAUUCCAGACUCCCUCUCCAGAUCUUCUCAGCCUCUUUCAGUCAUCAUCUGUCACGGAAUAACACCGAGAAAGACACCUCGCAUAUUCUUUCCGUUUCUGUUCUGUUCUCCCACAUAUUCUCUUCAAUGCUCAGGAACCCUGUCCUGUGCUUGAGAGUUCAGGGCCAGACACACGCUUGCAGGUCUCCACAUUGGGUCCCUGUCUCUGGUGCCCACAGAGAGCUCCUUUGCUGAUCAGGCAUGGAGACUGUAGGUUUCCAGAUUUCCUGAAAAGUAAAAGUUCACAGAAUUAUCUCCUUGCGGCCUCACUAAACAUUUGACCAAGAGAUUACUGUUCUAGUUGCCCAGAAUUCUGUCAUCUGGCUACUCAAGGCUAUCGGGGAAUGAGGCACGUCUGCGCACUGGCACUGGCCAGGAUGAAGGCAGCGGGAAGUGAGUGGAGGGUUAGCCAACCUCUAGGGUCUGAAGAAUGGGAAAAGUGGCCCCAAAUCCUCCAGAAUGCUUGACCUGUUGAACCAGAUUGUUUUGCUAUUUAGUCUUGACCUAUAUUCAUGCAAGUAAGCAGCAAGCAAUCAUGGGCGGGCUGAUAAAGAAACACUUCUGUUUCCUGGUUACAGUCUCUGGCUGGACUUACGGAAUCACUGAAUUGGCUUCAAUGACUUUCUAAGUGUGAUAGGGAUGCCGAGGUAGGCAGCCAGAGCAGAUGAUUUCAAUCAUGGAGCCCCAGGUCCAUGUAGAUGAGAAGGGGGAAUGCAACUGUAGCUGUGGUUCCAAGGACAGGACUGUGUGUUGUUCUUUGAGGGACCAUUACCACAAACCAAUGGGCACUAAACCUUAAGUACUAUAAGAAGAGUAGAAGACACCCUAUUUAGUGUUCUGUAGAAAAUGUGAUUUGCAAAUUGACUCUUUUCAGCCAGUGUGGCUCUGAAGUCCUUAGUGCAAAGGAUUUUUUU